UCUCCAGGUGUUUAGAGCACAGGAGGUGGGUGUGUGUGUGUGUGUGAGAGAGAGCGAGAGAGAGUGUUUGGGUGUAUGAGUGUGUGAGUGGUGCACUAACGGAUAUUGACUCGUCGAGGAGUUUAAAAACAACAGGAAACAUGGCAGAUAAAGAGCAAAGAAAAGAAAAGAAGUCCAAAUCCAAGGUGGAGUGCUGUGGCUACCCGAUCAGCAUCUUCUUCAUCGUAGUGAACGAGUUCUGUGAACGCUUCUCCUACUAUGGCAUGCGAGCCGUGUUGGUGCUGUAUUUCCGUUAUUUCCUGCACUGGGAUGACGACUUCGCCACCACCAUCUACCACACCUUCGUGGCACUGUGCUACCUCAUGCCCAUCCUGGGAGCCAUCGUAGCCGACUCCUGGCUGGGAAAGUUCAAGACCAUUGUGUAUCUCUCCAUCGUGUACACUAUCGGACAAGGUGUCAUGGCCGUCAGCGCCAUCCAUGACAUCACAGACUCCAACAAGGACGGCUCUCCUGACAGCAUGACCUUCCAUGUUGCUUUGUCCAUGGUGGGUCUGAUGCUCAUCGCUUUCGGGACGGGAGGCAUCAAACCCUGCGUGGCUGCCUUUGGAGGGGAUCAGUUCGAAGACCAUCAGGAUAAACAGAGAAGCACCUUCUUCUCCAUCUUCUACCUCUCCAUCAACGCUGGCAGUCUGCUCUCCACCGUCAUCACACCGAUCCUCAGAGCUCAGGAGUGCGGCAUCUACACACAGCAGCAAUGUUAUCCUCUGGCGUUCGGCGUCCCCGCGGCCCUCAUGGCUGUCGCUCUCGUGGUGUUCAUCGCGGGCAGCGGAAUGUAUGUGAAAGCUGCACCCAAGGGUAACAUCAUGAUGGAGGUGUGCAAGUGCAUCUGGUUCGCGAUUAGCAAUCGCUUUAGGCACCGCAGCAGCUGCUACCCCAAGAGAGAGCACUGGAUGGACUGGGCUGAAGAGAAAUAUGACAGACUGCUGAUCGCUCAGGUGAAGAUGGUGCUAAAGGUUCUCUUCCUCUACAUCCCACUGCCUAUGUUCUGGGCUCUGUUCGACCAGCAGGGCUCUCGCUGGACUCUCCAGGCCACCACCAUGAAUGGCUACUUCGGUGUUUUCACCGUGCAGCCAGAUCAGAUGCAGACGGUCAACCCCAUCCUGAUCCUGGCGAUGGUCCCCAUUGUGGACAAUGCUGUCUAUCCUCUCAUAAAGAAAUGUGGCCUGAACUUCACGCCUUUGAAGAAGAUCACUGUGGGUAUGUUCCUGGCGGCAUUAGCAUUCGUGGCUGCGGCUCUGCUACAGAUUCAGAUCGAUCAAACGCUUCCUAAAUUCCCCUUGCCCAAUGAAGCUCAGGUGAAGCUCCUGAACCUGGACAGCACGCAAUUGAGUAUAUCUCUGAAUGGACAACAACAGCAAAUCCAGGGUCUCCAGGCGUAUGGCUACGUGACGUUGAACACAGACACUAUGAACAUAUCAGUCGCAGGCAAACCUUACUCCAUUGUUCCUCUGGUGAAAGGAGAGCGCCAAACAUUCAUACUCGACUCAACUGGAUUAGUUGGGCAACGGGAAGAUAUAAAAACCAAACCUGAACAAGGCAAAAACGCUAUCAGAUUAGUAAAUGGCAACAGCAGGCUGUUCAACGUGACGGCACGAUCUAAACACAUCGGAGAGAUCGGUCAGUUCGAGUUCUCCAACUACACUCUGCUCCCUGAGGGCAAAUCCACCUUUAUCAUAUCGAGCAACGAGAACCAGUGUGAGUACUCCAUGAGUCUGGGGUUCGGAAGCUCCUACACGCUGAUCAUACCGAGCACCUUUAACUUCGGUCCUGACUGUGGAAGCACCAUCCAGCAGAUCGAAGACAUCAACCCCAACACCAUCCACAUGGCCUGGCAGAUCCCACAGUACUUCCUCAUGACCUGUGGAGAGGUGGUGUUCUCUGUCACGGGGCUCGAGUUCUCGUACUCGCAGGCGCCUAAGAACAUGAAGGCAGUGCUUCAAGCAGGCUGGUUGUUGACCACCGCCAUGGGGAACAUUAUCGUGCUGAUUGUAGCUGAAGUCGGACAACUUCCUGACCAGUGGGCUGAAUACAUCCUGUUCGCGUCGCUCUUGGCGUGCGUGUGCAUCAUCUUCUCCAUCAUGGCUUACUUCUACACCUACAUCGACCCGGACAAGAUCGAGGCCGAGAUUUUAGAAAACAGUCCCGAUAACAAGGAGAAGAAGCAGCAGAUGGAGAUGAAAGUGGCCACCAUGCAUGAGAAACCCAAUGAGGACGAACAAAAACAGACGAAGAUCUGAUCUCUCCCUUUCACAUACACAGGAUUUCUCCACCCUAAUCCUGUGGAGAAAGAAUUAUUCUCAGACUUUUAAAUUCUCUGAAGAGCAAGGAUGGUUUUUAGGUGGCGGCUUAAGAACAAGUCCAGAGGAAGUGUGUUGAACUGGUGGAGAUUCGGAGUCUGUUUUGUGGGAAGAUGGCGAGCGAAGUUGCUCAAACUCAUUUAAAUUUUCCAGAAAUAUAUAUUUUAAAAAGCAAAAAACAGUCCACACAAAUGCUUUUCCAUCUAAAUCCAGAAUUGUGAUGUAAUUUAAAUAGGUAAUAUUCAAAAUUAUUUCCACAGGGAUAUUUUUUAAUAUGCCUAAAUAUGUCAAUUUAACAUUUGUAUGUAAUGUAUCUAACUAUAUAUUUUGUAGCACUACUCUUGUUUUUGUACAUAAAGUUAAUGUUUAAGUGUAUUAAUUGUAAAAUGCCGCUUCAAUAAAGAACUUUCUUUCA